ACGGCGAUAUUACCCGAUCGCUAAAUUUUUAUUGGUCGGUGUAUUCAACAUCAUAGUCCAUUACACUCGGUGUAGUAUUUUUUUAUAAAAUGGUAACCAGUAUUGGUAUUGUUCCAGAGUAUUUUGUACAGUGAGCAGAUUUAUUAAUUAUUGAAGACAAUAAACCAUGGCAGAUGAAGAGCAAGUAGUGGCAGAUUCUCUGGAACUAGGUACAAGUGAGACCACUGUUGUUUAUAGUGAAUCCGAUUCCGUGGCAAAUGUUGAUGUCACUGAAAAUCAUUCUGAAAGCAUUUCUAGUAUGAAAGUGGUUGACAAUGCUGCAGAUUUUUUAGAAAAUGAUCAUAACGUCCAGCCAGAAAGCUCUAAUGCUGACCAGGUUCAGGAUACCCAUGCUGAAAGAUCACCUGAUGAUGAUAAAACAAAAGGCACUUUAGACAAUAGUCAGACAGAAAAUAAUUUAAAUAAUGAUAAUGUAAAAAGUAGUCAUAAUGAAACACAAACAAAAAGCACUGAAAGUGACUCAGAAGAGAUUAAAUUAGCAAGACAGAGUAGAGAAUUAAAAUCUAUUCUUGCUUUAUCUAGAGAGGCUAAACUAGACACAAAUAUUGCACACAAGCGUAAAAGUGUUGAAUUGAACAAGAACAAAACUGAUACACAUAGAUCAGAGAGUCCCUUAGGGAAAAGAGCAAUGAGGUCUCAGAAUCCAGAAUUUGUAAUAAAGCAUCAGAAAUUUCUAUCAAAAGUUGUUUCACAUGGUGGUUCUUCUCCAAUAGAAAACUCUGAAGUGGAAAAACCUCAAAUACAAAAGAACCCUAAAAAGAAAUCUAAUCCUUCAGAAAGUCACACCAGCAAUGAUGAUGGUCAAAAGAUAAAAAUGUUAAAGAUGCUAAAAGUUGAGCCAGUCAAAAACAAAGAUGUAUUCUGCUGGCGUUGCCAUAAAACAGAAGUAAAUGUGUAUUGUGAGACUUGCCCUAGGUCAUACCAUAUUAAAUGUCUUAAGCAAUCAGUCAAUAAUCCUCAAAGAUGGGUGUGUCCUGAGUGUGUAUCUAUUAUGAAAGCUGAAAGUACAAAAGAGAGGUCUUCAUCAAUGAAAGAUUUAUCAUUAGAGCAACUUUGUGGCCUACUUAAGUUUGCUUUGAAAAGAAUGAUGCAGGUGUCUGGGGCAGAGCCUUUUCUACAUCCAGUGAAUGAGAAAGAAUUUCCUGAGUAUAAAAAUUAUAUUAUUCAACCAAUGGACCUCACAAAACUUGAGAAAGGAUUAAAAGAAAACAUAUAUGGUAGCACUCAAGCCUUUGAAGCUGAUGCUAAGUGGAUUCUGCAUAACAGCAUCAUUUUUAAUACUGCACAAGCUAAAUUAACAAUCAUUGCAAAAAACAUUUUAAAAGUUUGCAAACAAGAAAUGUUAGAAAUUGAAAAUUGUGCUUCAUGUUAUUUAAAUGCAAACACAAAAAGGAAUAGCUGGUUUGUUGAAGUUUGUCCUAAACCCCAUAUAUUAGUUUGGGCUAAGUUAAAAGGUUUCCCAUAUUGGCCAGCAAAGGCAAUGCGUGCAAAUUCUUUGGGAAUGGUAGAUGUUCGAUUCUUUGGAGCUCAUGAUAGAGCCUGGGUACCAGACAAGGAGUGCUUCUUAUAUUCAUUAAAAGAUCCAAACUGCAAUAAGCAAAAAAAGAAUGAUAUAGCAGAGUGUAUAAAGGAGUUAGAAAUCCACAUAGAAAAUUUAAAGAAAGUAUAUGGAGAGUUUUGCUAUGCCCCUUACCGCACUCCAUUUAUUCCUGAUGAAGAAAUCAAACAGCUUAAAGUAUUUCUGCCUCAAUAUAACCCUGACAGCAGUACUUCCAGUAUGAGUUUCUCAUUAACUGCUAAAAGAAAAAAUUCCGAAUCUCCUAAGUCUCGUAUCACGAAGAGAGAAGAUAGCAAAGAAGCCCACGAUUUGAACAACAGUAAAAAUUUUGAGGGUUACGGCUCUGAAGAUGAUGAUAUGGAGCCCAAACUGGAUGCUGACAGAAGAGAGCAGAUAGCGAAGAACAGUGCGAAAAUGAUGAAAAGUCAGGAGUCAUCUCCAAAGCAGGAUGAUGAUCAUGAAACGCAAGCCAAUACCCCUGAUGAUAUCAAAAGAAGUUCUGAAAUGGAUGCUAGCAAACCCAAAAAAUCAGAGUCAGGAAUUACCAACGUCAUAGGAAAGAACAAAACUACGCCCCCUAAGCAAAUUGGUGAUACUUCGAAAAAACGUACAACUACCGACGAAAUGGUUUCAGAAACACCCAUGAAAAAAUCGCGUCGUAACAGUGAUAUAAGCGUAAAAAGUGAUUCAAGCCGCAUCUCAAAUUUGUCUGACAAAAUAAAUCGCGUUGAUAUCGCGGAAAACAUGGAAAUAACGCUAGGCAAUGACAAUGAGACCGGCAUUAUGAGCAUUUCGGAAGUAGUGUCUUCUGAUGUCGGCACUGAACUGUCCUCUAGUAAAUAUUCUGACUUUUCUGAAAGUAGCAAUGGCAGCUCAAACAGCGAAAGUAAGCGAAAACCAAUUGUGCAGUUAAAUAUAUCAGGUAAUGAGAACAAAGAGUUUACUAUUUCGCCUCAAAAUAAAAUUAGUAUUGCUGAUAAAUUAAUGCAAAAGUUUGGACAUGGAUCUAGCGAUUCUGAAAGGUCAGCAAAAUCUUGUAAAAAUGAUGGAGAUAAAAUAAAUAACAAUGAUCUAGAUGUUAAUAAUGCCGUAAAUAAAUUAUCAUCGAAAGUUAAUGAAGCUUCUGAUGUUACUAAAAUUAAUAAAGGGGACGAUGCUUCUAAACAUAAUAAUUCAGGAAAAUUACACAGUUUAGUUAUCGAAACAUUGCCCGAGUUCAAUUUGGAAUGCGCUGAAGUUGUUGUCGGUGAUUCAAAAAAGCCGAUAUCGAAUGAAAAGGAAGACGCAAAUGAUGUUAAAGGUGAUAAUAAUUGCAUCUCUGUAGACGGAAAAACAAAAGAAGACGAAAUAAAAUCGUUUCUUCCUGAAAUUACGAAAACUGUCCCACAACCAGCCGAUAGCGGCGAAGGUGACGAUAACGAAGAUAGUGACGAUAAUAAUGAACAAAUUGAAAAAAUGGAUGAGGAUAUUUUCAAAGACGUAAUUCAUUCUUCUGUGAACACGUUUUCUAUAAAAAAUUGCGAACCUUCGACAAAAUGUAAAGAGAAAUUAAUUAAUAAAUCUUCAGGUAUUAAGGGACCUAAAAGACUUGUUAAAGUUGUUAGAUUGAAAGACUUACAGAAUAAAUCAUCGUCUCAAGAGGGCAAAAAUGUUAACGGUGAACAAAGUACUGUCACCAAUAGAGAACCUCGACAAAACAAAAAGACUACUGUUACUCCUUUAAAACAGAAUGAAAAUCAACACAAGCAGUUUGAGUCAAAUGAGAAAAAAACUUUGGGCAAAGUACUAAAAGAAAAUUCACAAAUAGAACCCAGCUUAGUGUCUGAUACUGUUAAUAAUUCUAAAGAAAACAAAUCCCCGGAAGAGAAUGACCAGACACAAAUAGAAGGAGAGUCUGAAUCAAUUACGAUUAAAAGUGAACCAUCAUCUUCGGAUGAAGAGGUUGAAGACAUCGAGGCUAAACGAAAAUACAUGUCGGCGUUAAAUAUAUCCGAGAAAGACAAAAUUAUUCACGAAAAGAAACCCAAGGAGAUUCGUACUCGUUCAAAAACUGAAGAAAGAUCUAAGCUAAUGAACCUAUUGAGGGUACAAGACAAUUUUGAAGACAUGUCGGCUAAAACUGAUAAAGGAAAACCAAAAGGAAACACUACAGAAACUAUACAGAGAAAAACAGAUAAUUUAUCCCGCACCAUCAAUGACGUAGCGUCCCAUUAUAGUGUUACACACGAAAAGGAAGCAAUACAACUCCCAGAAAGAAAGAAAUUAGCUCCAUUACGACCAUUCGCGGCGUUUCAGAAACAACGCAGUCGUAAAACUAUUCUCUCUUCUACCGCCACUUCCCAGGGCGUUUACAUUACUCCUCGUAAAUCUGACAGUGGCAAUACUGUGUCAUCAAAUUCCUCCAUCCACCUGGCUACAAGUAACAAAAGCUUGCCGAUCGUAUCUUGUAGUUGUCUUAGUUCAGUUGGUAACACGGUCACGAUAAGUAAAGGAAAUUUGACCCCCACUCGGAGCCUGCUCUUACCAAGAGCACCAAGUGAUAAUUUCACAAACACCACAUCGUCAGUGACCACCACAACGACGACCGCAGGUAUUGUAUUCCUAUCGCAACAACCUAUUAUUAAUAGCUUAGCGAUCGUACCUCCUAAUCAGCAAUUAAAUUGCGGUGCGAAUGUUGGUUCUGCUCCCCCCAUGUUAACCGUUGUACAGCCCAUAAAUUCUUCUGUCAAUCCAAGCAGUACGAGCUCAUCUUUAUAUUCGAAUACUUGUGUGACAACAGCUUCGUUACGUGGAAAUGUGAACGUUCAGGACUCACAAAACUAUAUCCCUCCUAGCGGGGGCGUAGCUUCCAAUGCAAACGUGGUCGUGCCUGUCGUGUUAAAUGAUCCCAAAGUAUCACAAAUCCUGAACUCAUUACCUUCUCUCGCGCCCUUGUCAACAAACUACUUUUAUACGUUCGCUCAAAAGCGGGGAGAGAUUGUCAGUAGCGCCACGAACACAACGACAGCGGCUUCUACAACCGUUACAGCGUCGAAUUCCGUCGAUGCUGCUGCGUCUGCCAAUAAUGGAGUUAGUAGUUCUGCAGCAUCUGUCACAGUUACCAAUAAUGGCGAACGGGGCACUGAAGAAUGGGACGUGCUCACCGGCAUUAUCCCAGAAAAUUUAUCCCAGGCCGUUAGCGAUUUGGUAACUAAAGGAGUGCCGAAGCUUAAACCGCGACCGCCUGGACCACUGAGUGUUCAGUUUGACGAGGGUUUACCCAGUACAGCAGGUCCUGUUACUGCUAAGGUCAACUCGAUAUCUCAUAGGCUGGCAGACUAUCUGAGAGGUAUGCUAGUCGAAUUGCUGAAAGACUUUGGCACUGUUGAAGGCCCCGAAUCGGAAAUACUAAAGUUGCGUUUAGAAAACGAAGAACUUAGGCAAAGGCAUGCCGAAGAGAUGUUGGAGAUUAAGAAAAAUAUUAGUUCUAUACUAAGAGACAUUCAAAGAAGUAUAGUAGAAGAACGUGCGAAAAUCAUUGAAGAAACGAGGGCAGCUUGUGAAGUGGAAACGAUUAAAAGAAUCGAAGAAGCAAAAUCAAAGCAAUGGUGUGCAAAUUGUUUUAAAGAAGCGCAGUUUUAUUGCUGUUGGAACACAAGUUAUUGCGAUUAUCCUUGUCAACAGAAGCACUGGCUGAAGCAUAUGUCAAAAUGUACUCAAAAUCAGCAACAUCAACAACAGCAACAACAACAGUUAACUCAGCAGGCUGGGAAUAACCCCAAUCAUAUUAGAAUUCCCAAUCAAACAAUUAUGUUGAGAUCUACUAACCCUAUAAAUCGAUAUACAGCAGCCAGAGCUAACGAGAAAACAUUAGUUGCUAAACCCACAAAGGUAUAUCUUAACCGAGGAAGUUUUAAGCCUUCACCUCAUGGACUAAUAAAGACAUCUACCGCAAACGGUCAACAGCUUACAUUGGUCGAAUCGUCGCCAGGAAAUUAUGAACUUCUAGGUAACAGUUCCAUUUCAGUGGGUGGGAAAAUUAUUACGAAUUCGACUUCGAUAAUACAUAAAGUGCAAAAAGGAAACAGCACCCCGAACAACAUGGCAUUGUCGGUUGUGCCCACCUCCUCCUUGAUUGCUGUUGCGCCUAAACUGACGACCAUUUCGACAGCGCAACCAAAAACCUCGCUAUCAUCAACUUCUUCAACAAAUUCGUCUGCAAAAACCCACAAUUUAUUUUCGGAUGAUUCCGAUUGAUCUGUUUUCGAUGAGAUUCAUCAGUUGACUGUUACAUGAUCUGUUGUUCUUACUCUACAGAUGCAACGUGAGACAAUUGUGCUGCGAUUGAAAUAAAAAAAAAGAAAAAUUGUAUAAAGUGCGUGUAGUUUUCUACGCGAUUAUUGUUAUUUCUUUCUUUUACUUUUAAUAAUUAUACGUCGCGUAUAAUUUACUUUAGCAUGCUGUUGUGGCAUGUUGCCUGUUGUAUAUAGUUUCAUUCAUAAUUAUUAUUACGGUAUUUUAAGUAAUUGAUGUUACAAUUAGUUAUUACUUAUUACAGUGACAAGUCUGCGCGCUUUUUACUGUAUUUGUUUUUUUUUUUGAUCGUGUAUAAUGUACAAUGUGGAUUUUUUGAGAAAAGAACAUGA